AUGUUCGAUUCGUACCCGUUCAAGUGCAGCUACUCCGGAGCCCACUAUGAAGACGACGACUUCACCACGGCGGACAUCUCCGAGUGCCGCUCCGACGGCGUCUCCGACAGAGGCUCCCGCAGGGGCCCUCGCAGUACUGCCGACAGCGGCUCCAACUGUGGCGCCAACGGAAGCCCCGACGGCGGCCCCUACUGCAGAACCUACGUGUAUCUUGCGGCGCACUCUGAGGGCCGCAGGCCGGCCACGGUGUGGGGCGGAGCGUCGAAUGUAAAUGAGGCGCAGUGUGGGAUGUUCGAUUCGUACCCGUUCAUGCGCAGCCAUUCCGGAGCCUACUAUGACGACGACGAUUUCACCGCGGCGGACAUGUGCUGCUCGUGUGCUGUGAUCUCGGCGACAUUCGUGGCCGUUACCUGCGAGGUUGCAGUGUACCGGCUCUUGGGCCAGUCCCGACCAGUCACUGGUUUCGGAUACGAUGACCGUCACGUCCGUGCCAGUCCAAGGGAGACUGUGCCGCAGUCCAGAGGGGCAAGCUGGCCCUCCUUGCUGUGGGUGCUCCGCGAUUUCUACCUGGAGCUCGCCGACCAGCACGGAGCCGCGCUCACCGCCGACGAGUACUUGGAGCAGGCCCUGCACGAGGGCCCCGAGGAGCACCGCGGGGUGCGGGAGGACCUCAGGCGCCUGUUCACCAGCCGCAGCUGCGCAACCCUGGCACGGCCAGCCGCGGACGAGGAACAGCUGCAAGCGCUCGACUCCCUUCCCUACGAGCAGCUGAGGCCCGAGUUCCGGCAGAGCCUGGAGGAGCUCAGCGCGAGGCUCCUGGCGGAAUGCCGCGCGAACCCCAAGUCGGCGGGCGGGCGGCCGCUCAGCUGCGCCUCGCUGGUGGCCCUGGCGCGCAGGCUCGUCUCUUCCCUCAACGAGGGGCGCGUCGUCAGCCUGCGCGGCGCCUGGGAGUCGGUGCAGCACGACGCCUGCGGCGCGCUGGCCGACGAGCUGCGCGAGCAGGGCUGCUCGAGGCUGCGGGCGCUGCAAAACGGCGAGCAGCUCGAGGACGGCGCGGCGCUGCCGAUGGCCGACGAGGCCCUCGGCGCCGUGCUCGCGCAGCUGCGGCACCAGCUGCGGAAACAGUGGACGGAGCGCGCCCUCGGCGAGGAGGGGGUGCAGCAGGAGUACUGGCAGGACCUGGAGGCGUCCCUCGACCGCGAGGAGGUGCUCCUCCGCGCGCACAAUGACCGCGUGGGCGACCUGCAGCUCACGGAGGCCCUGAAGGAGUGGCAGGUGUGGGUCAUCGACCCGAGCGGCACCUGGCAGGCUGGCGACCCACUGGCCCGGCGCUUCCGCGCGCAGAUGGAGCGGACGCCUUCCGCGGCGCUGGCGAGGGGCGCUGGCGUGGCGCUGGAGGCCACGGGCCGCAGGCUCGUCAUGGCCCGCGAGGCGCUGGCGGCAGCCCAGGCCGAGCGCGCAGCGGGCUCCGCCCGGGAGGGCGAGUCGGCCAGCGCGGAGAUGCGCAGGCUCGCGGCCGAGCUGGAGGCGCAGCGGGCCGAGAACGAGAGGCUCAAGGCCCAGCUGGGCGAGGUGGGCGCGCGCAGAGCCGCCGGGCUCUCCGAGGAGCAGGAGCAGCUCCAGGCAGAACGCGAGGCCCGGAAGAAGUCUAAGGAGCGGGCCGUGGUUCAGCUGAUGGAGAGCCAGCAGAAGAGCGGCCGGCUGGAGGGCCAGAUGCAGGUGAUGGAGCAGGAGCUGGCCUCGCUCCGCGAGCGCGGCGAGGAGCUGCAGCGCGCUGCAGUGGAGGCCGCGGGCCAGAAGGCCCUCCACGAGGCCGAGAGGGAGAGGCUGCAGCGCGAGCUGGACGAGGCCGCCGCGAGCGCCGAGAGGUGGAGGGCGGAGGCGGAGCAGCACAGCGAGGCCGCCGCCGCCGGCGAGGGCGCGGCCGCGGCAGCGACCGAGGUGCACGGCCCCGCCACGGCGCACCCCGCCUGCUGCAGCCUGCAGUAG